UCUUUAAAUCCAUACUUUUUUCAAUUUAUCGUUAAUGAUGUGAACACAUCUAAUUCUUUUUAACUUGAACAAAUCAUACAAAUAGAAAAAUAUUACUCUCACACAUUUACAAAUUUUUGUCAACGUUCUAAUUGUCGCGCCCAUCAUGAUGACGGCGCCUUUGCGCAGCUGCACACUUUGAACUAACCAAAAAUAUAUUGACUUUGAAAAACUCACAUCUUUGUACAUCACCGGUCAAUGGUCUUAAAAUAAGUUUAAUUUUUAUCAGAGUCGCGUAAAUAUAAAAAUGGGGAAAAUUAAUAUUAUUUGACAUAAUGAAGAGUGGUCUGUUCAUUAAAUGGAUGACGUAACAAUAUUAAUUCCCCAAAAGCAAAAUAAUACGAUCUCAUUAUGACGAAAUCUUUAAAAAGAUUUAUUAAUAUAGGUAACAUCCUAUAUUACAGGCAAUCGCAAAUGCAAUGUCGAGUUUUUUCGUCUCAAAAAGAAAAAUUUGUUGAAAAGCGAUACAGUGACACUGUAAUUUUGCCAAAGACUAACUUUCAAGCUAAAAUACAUGGCAAAAAAAGAAUCGAAAUGGAUCAGUACAUAAAAGAUAAAUGUGGAUUUUCUGAACUAUACAAUUGGCAAAGAGCAAAUUUGAAAGGUCCUGAUUUUGUAUUACACGAUGGUCCUCCUUAUGCUAAUGGUGAUCCUCACAUGGGUCACACAAUCAACAAAAUUCUCAAAGAUAUUACAAUCAGGAGCAAAGUUAUCAAAGGUCAAAGAGUUCAUUAUAUCCCUGGAUGGGAUUGUCAUGGGCUACCUAUUGAAUUAAAAGCUUUGAGUAGUACUAAAAAAAAUAAUUAUUCAGAUCUAUCCCCACUUCAGAUAAGAGCUCAAGCUAGAAAAUUUGCCGAAGAAGCUAUUUGUAAGCAGCGUCAAAUAUUUGCAUCAUGGGGCAUUAUGGCUGAUUGGAAAGAUACUGGUUGCUAUUUUACUUACAACCCUGACUAUGUUAAAAAUCAAUUUCGUCAGUUUUACAAUUUAUAUCAGAAAAAUCUAGUUUAUAGAGAUUUUAAGCCUGUUUAUGUAUCUCCAUCCACAAGAACAGCUCUUGCUGAAUCUGAAUUAGAAUAUAAAGAUGAUCAUCAAAGUUUAUGUGCAACUGUUAGAUUACUUUUAGUUGAUUUGCCAGAAAAACUUGCUUCAUUUGGAGAUAAACCUAUCUAUGCACUUACAUGGACAACUACUCCAUGGACAUUAGUUGCCAAUCAAGCUUUGUCUUAUUGUUCAAAUGCCAAGUAUUGUUUAGCAAAAGAUUAUAGCUCUAAUUUAUACAUAUUGGCAAGUGACUUAAUUACAUCAAACCAGGAAAAAAUUGGUCCAUUAAGUGUUUUAAAAACAUUUAUGGGUUACGAACUUUUUGGAACAACAUAUGCACAUCCAAUCACAGGUGAAGUCUUACCUUUCUUAGCUGGGAAUCAUGUUAAUACUGAACAAGGCACAGGUCUAGUUCACACUGCUCCUGCUCAUGGUCAAGAAGACUUCCUUGUUGCGCUAGAAAAUAAAAUAGCCAUCAAAUCUUUUGUCAACGAAGAUGGUAAAUAUAAUGCUCAAGCUGGACCUGACUUUGAAGGUAUAAGUGUAUUAGAGCAAGGUACCAAUGCAGUAAUAGCUAAGAUUGGUCAAGAUAUUUUAAAUACAGAAACUAUUACUCAUAGUUACCCUUAUGACUGGAGAACAAAAAAACCUGUUAUUGUUCUUGCUAGCUAUCAAUGGUUUAUUGACACUAAUUCAAUAAAAGAUAAAGCCAUUGAAUGUGUUCAAAAAAUUAAUAUUUAUCCUGAACAAAAUAGGGUUUCUUGGAAAAAUGCUCUAGUUUCGCAGUUGCAAAAGCGACCUUACUGGUGCAUUUCCAGACAAAGAGUUUGGGGUACGCCAAUACCAGUUUUAUUUUAUAAAGGAACCAACAAAGUUUUCAUUUCAGGCAAAUGGAUUGAUCGCUUGGAAAAAUUAGUAAAUAAAUACGGUAAUGAAUUUUGGUGGGAAUUACCAAUAGAGAAACUUUUAGGUCAAAAACUUAUUGCAGAAUUAAAUGUGGAGCCUUCUUCUUUGGAAAAAGGAAAUGAUAUUUUAGAUAUUUGGUUUGAUAGUGGUGUGUCUUGGUCUACUGUUUUAACAAAUAAAAAAGCAAAUCUUUAUAUGGAAGGAAUGGAUCAAUUUAAUGGUUGGUUUCAGUCGUCUCUCCUUACAUCUGUUGCAUUACAAGAAUGUUCACCUUACGAUGAUUUAUUUGUUCAUGGAUUUGCUGUAGAUGAUAAAAAUAACAAAAUGUCUAAAUCAAUUGGAAAUGUCAUAAACCCAGAACUCAUUACUAAAGGUGGAAAAGAUAUUAAUAAAAAUCCAGUUUAUGGCAUUGAUGUCUUGAGGUGGUGGGUAGCAAGUCAUGGAACUCAACAUACUUUGAUACCAAUGAAAAAUACUCUGCUUCAAGGGAGCGCUGAUACCAUCCAUAAAUUUCGUUUGGUUUUUAAAUUUCUUUUAGGUGCCUUGCAAUCUAACUAUGAAAUAAAAAAUUCAAUGGUAGAGCCUCAGUAUAAAUACCUAGAUAAAUACAUGCUGUAUCAGCUUUAUCAUUAUCACCAUAAUAUACAAUCAAUGUAUGAAAAAUAUCAAUAUCACAAUGUCAGCCGCACUAUUGUAAAUUUUAUUACAAAUGAUGUUUCUGCAAUUUACUGUCAUCUUAUAAAAGAUAGAAUUUACUGUGAAAAAUCAGAUUCUCCCUAUAGAUUGGGAGCUUUAGAUGUUAUUGCAAUUGCUUUAGCAAUAACUGUCAGAUCGAUAGCACCUAUUCUUCCACAUCUUGCUGAAGAAAUUUGGCUUCAUCACCCAGAAAAUCUAACAUCAGUGCCACUUUUUCAUGUAAAACAAAAUAUUAUGGAAAGCUGGAAUAACUCAGAAGCCAAAAUUAUUGUUGCCAGAGCAUUAGACUUGAAGAAUGAAAUCAACAAAAUAAUAUCGUUUGAUAAACACAUGAAUAAUCCAUGGUUACUAAAGGCUACUGUAGAAGUAAAUUCAGAGGAUUAUAAAUUAUUAUCUAUGCUGCAAAACUCAGAAACAUCAUGUGUAUCUGAAUUAUGUGAUAUCUGUCAACUUUCUUCAAUUACUCUCCUGAAAAACAAUUCAAUCAAAAGUAUGAACGUAACUUUGAAUAAAAUAGAAAACCAACAUCUAUGUAAAAGAUGUAGACGUUAUCCUGAAUCAGGAAAUGAAGAAAUAUGUAAUCGUUGUUCAGAAAUUUUGUGCAGCAUAUAACUAACUAUGACAUGAUACUAAUAUUAAGAAAAAAAAUUUUUGUGAAAAAAAUAGGCUUUUGACACGUAGUAAUCAAACGAUGUUAGGUAAUUUUCAUUUAUUAGUACUGAUGAAUUUAUUUUUUAAUAAUUAUGAUUGCUGAAAAUAAUUUCAAAAGUGAAUUGAAAGCAAAAUUAAUUCUUUGGUUUGACAUUUUACCACCUUUUUUCCACCUUUAUCAUGUAAUUAAAGAUACUACUGUACAUAUUGUAAUAAAAUGAUCAUUCUUUAAU